CUUUCGAAGAUUUCAUCGACCGCAGUGACACUCCGCGCAUGCCGUGGCGCGACGUGGGCGUGGUGGUACACGGAGGCGCGGCAAGAGACGUGGCACGGCACUUCAUCCAGCGGUGGAACUUCACCAAGACUGUGAAGACCAAGUACAAGCCCUCCUGUUUCCCGUAUCUCUUGCCAAAGUCUCAGACCACUGCCGACAAUUUGCCCUUUGUGAUUCCAGGCUGUGUCCCCGCUAAUGUGCAGAUCCUGCGCUCAGUGGAAUGUUGGUCUGCGGGCUCUAGUGAGAACUCUAUCUACAAUGCCUACCUACAUGUGAUCAGAGACAGCCAACACUUCAUAUAUAUUGAGAACCAGUUCUUUAUCACAUGUGCCGAUGAACGUCACGUCUACAACCAGAUCGGAGACGUCAUUGUGGAAAGGAUUCUCAAAGCUCACAGGGCAAGGAAGACCUAUCGUGUAUACAUUGUCAUUCCACUGUUACCGGGUUUCGAGGGCGAUUUGUCAACAGGCGAAGGCAACUCAAUCCAGACCAUCCUCCAUUUUACAUUCCGGUCCAUAUGCAGAGGAGAAUAUUCUAUAGUCGAGCGUUUAAAAAAUGACAUGGGCGAUGACUGGGUGAACUACAUCACCUUCUGCGGCCUACGCACACAGGCCGAGCUCGACAAACCCGUCACCGAGCUGAUCUACAUCCACAGCAAGAUGCUGAUCGCGGAUGAUCGGCAGGUCAUCAUCGGUUCGGCCAACAUCAAUGACAGGAGCAUGCUGGGUAAGAGGGACAGUGAGCUGGCGGUGUUGGUGGAAGACAGCGAGAUGCAGACCUCCACCAUGGAUGGCCAAGACUACCAGGCCGGGAGCUUUGCCCUCUCCCUCCGUCUACACUGCUUCAGGGUACACCUCGGGCUCUCUGAUGACGAGAUGGCUGAAGUCCAGGACCCGGUGAGUGACCAGUGCUUCCAGGAGAUCUGGAACGCUAGGGCCACCACCAACGCCAACAUCUACGACCAGGUUUUCAAGUGCGUCCCCUCCAACUCAGCCCCCAGCCUGUCCCACCUGCGGGAGAUCGCCUCUAGCCCAGACCUGGCCUCGGAGAAUCCCGGGGAAGCCCGGGAGAAGCUGGCGCGAGUCCGUGGCUUCCUGGUCCAGUACCCGCUCCACUUCCUGAACGAGGAAAACCUCCUGCCUCCCCUGAACUGCAAAGAGGGGAUGGUCCCCAUGGAAGUCUGGACCUAAUGAGAGUGGACCACCUCUGGCCAACUCCGCGCCGGCCCCUUUGGAAGUAUCUGGACUCAAUUCACACAUUCAUCCUCCAAACUUUGCUCCGGUACUUUUGCCACUUCCAUUGAUGGUCCAUGUGAGUCAAGCUGGAGAUGGCUUGGAGAUCUUCUACCCAUGGCCCUUGUCUUGGAGAUCUUCUCGCCUUGGCCCUUGUGUUGGAGAUCUUCUACCAAUGGCCCUUGUGUUGGAGAUCUACUCGCCUUGGCCCUUGUCUUGGAGAUCUUCUACCCAUGACCCUUGUGUUGAUGUUCUAGCCAUGGCCCUCUGAUGGAGAUGUUCUAGAAUUGGCCCUCUGUUGGAGAUCUUCUCGCAUUGGCCCUGCUGAUGGGACGCAAGCCCUUGGCCCUUGUCUUGGAGAUCUUCUACCCAUGACCCUUGUGUUGAUGUUCUAGCCAUGGCCCUCUGAUUGAGAUGUUCUAGAAUUGGCCCUCUGUUGGAGAUCUUCUCGCAUUGGCCCUGGUGAUGGGACGCAAGCCCUUGGCCCUGAUGUUGAAGAUCUUCUAGUCAUAGCCGCUGGUGUUGGAUCGCAAGUCCACCAACUCAAGUCUUCCAAUCUUCCGAUCUUCUGCCAAUGGACCAUGACAAGAUUUCGAGCGAGGGGGGACGGGACGGGACGGGACGGGACCGGGGGGGCGAAAUUGGAAACAGGUUCUGCCGACGAGAUUGGGUGAGAAA